UUGUCGUGUUUUUUCAAUGUUGGGUAGUUGAUUUGAGCAUCUGGCAACAUUGACUAGCAGACAGCAUUCUCAAUUCCAUACCAUUUCUCUGCAUGUGUCUGUGACUGUGUGUGAGUUGUGACUUGGAAGGAAAACUCGGCUUUUUCUACUAAUUUCUGACCUGUUCGUUAUGGAUUCACCUCCAAGCACUGGACGUCUGACUGGAGCUCAAAGAGAAGAAUUAAUUGAACAAGUGAAGCAGCAAGUAGCCAUUGCCACUGCGCAAGAACUUCUAACGAAAAUAUCCGAGAAAUGCUUCAAGAAAUGCAUAGCCAAGCCAAGCUCUUCUCUUGAUAGCUCUGAACAGAAAUGCAUUGCCAUGUGUAUGGAUCGUUACAUGGAUUCAUGGAAUCUGGUAUCUAAAGCUUACAGCAGCCGGAUCCAAAAGGAAAGCAUGAGAUAAAUAUUAUGUAUGUGUGGUACCCAUAGUAGAAUUCAUUACAUAAAAAAAAAAACU